AUGAAACAAGUUGUGUUCAGUCUCCUGGUUUUCACAAACAUCCUUUCUAACAAGUACAUGGUGAAGACCUGCAGUAAGGAUGGCUUCCAUAUCCGCAUACAUCUGCAUCCCUUCCAUGUUAUCCAUAUCAACAAAAUGUUAUCCUGCGCUGGGGCUGAUAGGCUCCAGACCGGAAUGCGUGGCACUUUUGGCAUGCCUCUUGGUACCAUGGCCCGUGUGCACAUUGGUCAGGUGAUCAUGUCUGUGCAUACCAAGGCACAGAACAAGAGGCAUACGGUUGAGGCUCUCCGCAGAGCCAAGUUCGAGUUCCCUGGAUGCCAGAAGAUCCACAUCUCCAAGAAGUAUGGCUUCACCAAAUAUAAUGCCUGCGACUUUGGUGGGAUGAUGGCCGAGAAGCAUCUGAUUCUCGAUGGCAGUGGGGUGAAGUACAUCCCCAACAGAGGCCCUCUGAACUGCUGGAAGGCCCUACAUGCCAACUACAGCCACUGCCUGCUCAAAACUACAGACCGCCAUACUCUGGUGGCCCACAAGGCACAGUGGCGUCUGAGAGAAGCAAGGUGA